CGAACGCGCCGCGCACACUCCGUCGACCCUCCUACCCCGCCGCACCUGCGCAGCUUGAGUCCGUAUGCCCUCCAACGUCGACGAGCCUGUUCCCUCGAUCGUAGCCCCACACCUCUGCCCCUCACACGAGAGAACCUACGCUCUUUUGAGCACAGCACGCAGUCCUCUCCGAUGUCUGUCCCCCGAAAUCCGUCCCCGACGCGAAAAGACACUGCCAUUACGGACAAGAAACAGUUGGCUGGGUACAACAUAACUGUGGACAAGGGGAUUGCGCUCCCAGCGGCGCUUGCUGACUUUGUCAAGACACUUCAGCGAGCCCGUGAACAGGAGCCUUCCCCCCAUGCACAAGCAAUUAUGGACACUCGGAGGGCUGCGUCAGUGGAAAAUGAGAUCACCGCCCGCAAGAUGAUGGAGGAGCACAUCCUUUUCCGGGGUGAGGGAUAUUCUAGCGGUGUCAAGGGCUUGACAUUAAAGGACCAGGUGAAUCUAAUCAAAUAUUAUCUCCCUACGCCGCCGCGUGUAACCGUGCCGGAGCUGUGGGGCUCGCUCGCACGACCGCAGCCAGACAGCUGCAUCGGAUAUAUCACGUCCACAGAGGCGACUGCACACACGCCCCCAUUUAUGAUGCCAUUCACCCGCGAAGAGGACGACAUGGCUGACUGGUAUAACGUGGUUUACAACGCCGAUACACAUUUUCCCUUUCUCACGGCUCAAUGGAAGGCCGCCAUCUUUGGCGAAAACCAGGUCCAUGCGUCCCUCCAGGCUGCCCGCGACGGCGCGCUUAUCGUCAACUACAUGCACCAAUUCUACUCGCUUGCAUACCCCGAUUGCGACCCCACGCAGCUCGAGACAUGCCAUUUCUCCUUGACGACUGAGAGUUACACAAUUAUACUUUGGAUACACUGGCGGGAGGUAGAUCCAGAAGAUGGCGAGGUAUACUACAGGAUGGAGGAAGUAGAGACGGCGCGAAUGGGCAAGCUUAACGAUCUUCUAGAUAUCCGGAGGAUGCUGCAUAAUUAUCUUGACUUUGCGUUUGGAGAACGGUUGAGGUCAAUCAAAGACGCCCUUCCUGCAUUC